AUGGUUAAACAGCUGUGGCGCCCUAGCUAUAUCUUGCUCCUUGAGGACCAAACUUAGAUGCAACCAAGUGAGAGAUCCAACACCUAACACCGUCCCUAAACGGCUAAACCUCAAGCAUCAUUAUUCUUGCUACUCGCUCAUUCAGUACUACUUCAGCUCCUUCCAACUUCUUCCUCUCAUACUGUCUCAUCCCUCUUGUUCCACAAUUCUAGUGGUGACUUGACUUCUCGCUCUAGACGCUACCAAAGGUCGUCGGCACACAUAUCCGCUCUCUAGACCCGCGAUUAAAGCGCUCAAAUGUGCGGAAAGAUGGAGCACAACAUCCACAUGGAACACAAGGGCUUACUUGGUGGCGAAUUCAAAGAGGGGAUUUGCGGCUCAAUUCCCAAACCUCCUCCUAGCACAUCAAGCAGGCCAAGCAGCAUGGUUGUCAAGAAGGUGUGCCCGCGGGAGUUCAUCCCGCCGCACAUCAUCGCGGAGGCGAUCGCGACGCUGCACGGGCUGGACCUGCGGUGGUCGGGGCCGAUCACGCCCAGCGAGCGCCAGUACGUGGAGCAGUACGUGCUGGCCAUGUACCCGCAGUACUCGCACGGGCUCAUCGAGGACGCCAGCUGCGACAAGGACGACCUCGACUCCACCUACUACAGCGGCAGCACGAGGACGACGUCGCCGGAGGCCGGCGGCGAGCGGCGGCGGUCGUCGCCGGUGGGGUCGCCGUCGUCGUCGGCGGCGGCGAGGCCGGACAUGGUGGACAUGGUCCGGCUUGAGCCGUCGCGGCUGCUGGACAUCCUGACCAAGAAGUCGUCGUUCCCCGGGAGCUUCAUCUCGAUCCCGGAGAUCCAGGCCAGGAACCGCGUGCUCCGCCACUGCGGCCUCACCGACGACGAGUACCUCGUGCUCUUCGCCCCCACGCCAAGGGACGCCAUGAUGCUGGUGGGCGAGAGCUACCCGUUCUUCCGGAGCAGCUACUACAUGUCGAUCCUGGAGGAGGACGGCGACUGCAUCCGCGCGUUCGCGGCGUACAAGGAGGCCAAGGUCAUCGCGGCGCCGGAGUCGUGGCUGGACCUCCGCAUCAAGGGCUCCCAGCUCAGCCAGUACUUCCGGCGCAAGUCCAAGCACGCGCCCAAGGGCCUCUUCGCCUACCCGGCCGUCUCCCCCGCCGCCGCCGCCGCUUCACCCCCUCCCUCCGGCGGCGGCGGCGGCGCGCGGCAGCAGCAGCAGCAGCCGGCGCGGUACUCGCUGCACUGGGUCUCCGAGGCGCACCGCAACGCGUGGCACGUGCUCCUGGACGCCACCGCGCUCGCCGUCGGCGAGGACCGCCUCCCGCUCUCGCUGCACCGCCCGGACUUCGUGCUGUGCACGCUCGGCGACACGGUCAUGCGCGCGCAGCAGCCGCCGGCGGCCGUGGCGGCGGCGGCGAGGGUGACCUGCCUGCUCGUCCGGAGGAGGUCCUUCGACACCUCGCAGCAGCCGCAGAAGCUGCCGUAGAUACGCAUAACGCGCUCCACGCGUGUUGUACUUGCUGGGGGUACCGAGAGGAGGCUGCACAGAUCUCAAAGCAGGCGUUGAUGUGCAUGUGUGGUGUACGAUCGCCACUUUGCCCGGAAGCUUUGUGACAGAUGCGGAGCCAAGAGUGGCCAGCGGAUCAUCUGCUUUGAGAUCUGUGCGGUUAAUUCCCUACGUUUUACGGCUUUGCGAUCAGCGCCUUUCAUUUGAUUCUUGCGCGACUUCAAUCAGUGUAAUUAAGGAUUUUGUGCUUACUUGCCUGUUUGGUUCCACGGACAUACUCAUGUCACUCAUCAGACAUGGCAUGAGUCGGUGGGCCUCCUUGGGCCGUUUUGACAAUCAGCAUGCUGGGCUUCUCUUGA